GUACUUAACCAGCGCUCAGUGCUGGGUCUACGUCAGCUUUGAUCAUUUUCAAAUUAACUCGAGCUCGGAAUGGUCAACGUUUUUCUCAGCUUUUUGUUUGUCAUUUCGCUAGAGUCAAUUGGCUCGAAGGUCGCUAAGUUUCUGCGAGAAUCAACUUUUAGUUCAAGAACGACAAAAUACGGAAAUCGGUUCCAGAUAACAAAUUAAUCAAUACACGUGGAAGCCAUCCUUAUCAGCUGCCUUCCAUUCAUGCUGCUUGUAGGCCAGUGUAAGCGAAGCGAUAAUCAAAAGCGAGGCAAUUACAGCGUCUGCUGCAACGGCAACUGCAAACUGCAACUGCAACUGCAACAGCCACUGCGGAUGCAAGUGGCAAAUGUUGUUAAUGCCGGCAGCGCGGAUAUGGCAAAGCGGCAAAGUCGGUGGUGCUGCUGAGUAAAGGGGGUGGUGGAGGGUGGCGCAAACAGAAAACGUUGCAUUGAAAUCGCGACAAACAAUGAGAGCAUCUGCAGCUGUUGGAACUGCCGAGCGUCGAGGCAGCAGCUGCUGCUGCUGCAGCCAAUGGCAACUGAUGCAAGACGGCAAGUGUAUAAAAGCCACCGCGUGGUGUCACGGUGGCAUCAGUUGCACGCUGCAAGUCAUCGAGCACCCCACCACUGACUCACACACACAGACAAGGAUAUCACACACACACAAUAUGCUGAAAUUGUUGUUGUCGCUGCUGCUGCUGUGCGCCCUGGCCGCUGCACGGCCUGGAUAUCUGCAUGGCCACCACCACCAUUAUCCGGAGUAUCCGCUGUUGGCCGCACACCACCACCACAUCGAGCCGCUGCAUGUAGCCAAGAUUGUGCAUGUGCCCGCUGCCGUGUCGCAUCAGAGCUCGACGGUGGUGCACAGCGUGCCGCAUCACAUUAUCAAGCCGGUGGUGUUGCCCACGGUGGUGAAGACUUUGGUACAUCCACCCAUCAUCAAGACAUACCAUCCGGCGCCCAUUAUCAAGGCCUAUCCCUACGAUCCCUUCCACUUUCAUCAUCAUCACGAUUUCCAUGAUUAUCACCUGCACUAGGCAGCCACCAGCAUGCUCUCUUACUCUAUAAACCACCCACCCAGCCACUUUUACCACUCGAUCUUGCCUGCUGCUGCCUGAAUGUGUAUGAAUGUGUGUGCAAACUGUUGUCCAGCAACUCGAUAAAUGUAUUAAGAAAUUUUAAUAAAAAAUUUAAA